AUUAAAAAAAAUAGAUUGAUAUUACUGUAAUUUUUAUUGCAUUCAACAGCUGGGUUAAUUCAAAAUAUCAUAAUCUGCUAGCCCUUUAAAAAUACAGCAGUCAUCUCAUCCCACGGACAUCGCUCUUCCUUUUCCCUUCCGUCGCCUAGACCAAUUUUCUCCCCUCAUCACUUUAAAUGCAGAAAGGCGUAGCUACUGCAUCUGGUCCUCGGCAUUGGUGUCUAAGAAUUGGCCUGUGAUGAAAGAAAACUCGCAAAGAUUUGUGGCGACAUCUGGAUUAGCCUUUACAAGCCGCUUUUGCCUUUUUCAGUUCUCCGUGGGUUAUUUGGGUAGCGGGAGACAAACGUUACAGUACAUAAUUUAUCUUCUGUAUGUUUUUCAGUCUGGCGGAAGUGGGACAGACCUAAGGGGGGGGUCUUAGUUAUAAACGGAAAGAAGGCCUGUAAGAAGUACGGAGGGUUGUACAGUAAUGUUGAGGUUUAUUUUGAAAUGUACCAGUAGAAGAAAAAUGUGUUCCUUCAACUGGGAUAUUCUCUCCUUUCUGACAUUUUUUAGUCUAUGUAUAAUGCCUGAAUUUUUAUAUGCACAGAACACAUGUCCUGAAAUCUCGCAACAGCUUUUGAAAGAUGGCUUUCAUAGAGAUCUCUUGAUUAGGGUAGAUUUUGGUAUAGCUGAUGAAGGCCUUAAAAGUUGCAAGCUGGCAAUUAAAGUACAUCUCCCAAGAGGAUUAUAUGUGGAUCCCUAUGAAUUGAAAUCAUUACAACAGCAUAAUCUCACUGAGGCACUGGUGAUUACAGAUGAAGUAGAUUUGGAAGUUCCUGAGUAUUUAGCAACUGAUUCUUCUGUCCUCAUUUACAUGAGACCUGAUCCUAAGUGCAUUACCUGUUUUAAAGCAUUAUUACCGCUGCACUGCCGGUAUUACAGUCCCUCAGAAAGUGAUGGAAAAAUCCUUGUUGUCUUGCAGAGUCCAGAAAUAAUGAUCUAUUGCCAAAAAUCUUUUUUUUCAGUGAACUGUCUGAAAGAAACUGAAAUAGAAGCUCCAUGUUCCCAGAAAAAUCUAGAUAUAUGCUAUUGGAAGAGCAUGAAAUAUAAAAUGCUAACUAAAGAAUUGGAACUGCAGGUACCAGUUGGACUCAAACAUCACUUUGCCUUGGUUUGUGCAAUAACACUUAUUACCACAGGACUAUGUUCCAGUUUUAUCCUUUCAGCUUUAUGCAGAUAUGGGCCCAUACGUUGCUCAAUGUGAUAUUAAACAAGCUUUUAUUAUUGAAAUUAUGGACAGGCUGUCAAAUUGUCCAAACUAGAGAUACGAAAAGAGCAAACUUGAUCAUAUACCAAAAGCUGGGAUUGAUGCGUGGUGAUAAAUAACUUGCCCCUUUUCAGGAUGCAACUUGGCCUUUUGGCUCUCUCAACAGCUCAUUCAUCACUAUUAUAAUCAAGUUCUCCUCUCCUCCACCUUUCCCAACUUUAUGGACAAAGUUUGGCUUCAGUUAAUUGACCAAAUUAUAAUUUGAGCUUGGUCA